GGUUGGUUAUGGGCUUGAAAGCUCUCUGGAGACGUAAAUAUCUCCAAGUGGACAGAGCGGGUUCGCCUGGCCAUUUUAUUGUCUGGGCUGUACCUGGAAAAGGGCGCAGUGGCUUCCUUGAAGUGUGAAAGACGAGAAAAAGCACCGGUUUUUGUCAUCGCCGUCCGUCCGCCGCUGCCGCCCCCACAAGGCUUCGCCGUCGCCGGAGCCACUUCCAGCGACUCGCCGCACUCGAUUCUCUCCGCUUCGCUCCCCGCCAACCGCAACCAUUGACGCCAUGUCGGGUUAUUCGAGUGACCGAGACCGCGGCCGGGAUCGAGGGUUUGGUGCCCCUCGAUUUGGAGGAAGUAGGGCAGGGCCCUUAUCUGGAAAGAAGUUUGGAAACCCUGGGGAGAAACUGGUUAAAAAGAAGUGGAAUCUUGAUGAGCUGCCCAAAUUUGAGAAGAAUUUUUAUCAGGAACACCCUGAUUUGGCUAGGCGUACAGCACAAGAGGUAGAGACAUACAGAAGAAGCAAGGAAAUUACAGUCAGAGGUCACAACUGUCCAAAGCCAGUACUGAAUUUUUAUGAAGCGAACUUCCCUGCAAACGUCAUGGAUGUGAUUGCAAGGCAGAACUUUACUGAACCUACAGCUAUUCAAGCUCAGGGAUGGCCAGUUGCUCUAAGUGGAUUGGAUAUGGUUGGGGUAGCACAAACUGGAUCUGGGAAGACAUUGUCUUAUUUGCUGCCUGCCAUUGUCCACAUCAAUCAUCAGCCAUUUCUAGAGAGAGGUGAUGGGCCUAUUUGCUUGGUGCUGGCACCAACUCGGGAACUGGCCCAACAGGUACAGCAAGUAGCUGCUGAAUACUGUAGAGCAUGUCGCUUGAAGUCCACUUGUAUUUAUGGUGGUGCUCCCAAGGGACCACAGAUACGUGAUUUGGAGAGAGGUGUGGAGAUCUGUAUUGCAACACCUGGAAGACUGAUUGACUUCUUAGAAUGUGGGAAAACCAAUCUAAGAAGAACCACCUACCUUGUCCUUGAUGAAGCAGAUAGAAUGCUUGAUAUGGGAUUCGAACCCCAAAUAAGGAAGAUUGUGGAUCAGAUAAGACCUGAUAGGCAAACCCUAAUGUGGAGUGCUACUUGGCCAAAAGAAGUAAGACAGCUUGCUGAAGAUUUCUUGAAAGACUAUAUUCAUAUAAACAUUGGUGCACUAGAACUGAGUGCAAAUCACAACAUUCUUCAGAUUGUGGAUGUGUGUCAUGACGUAGAAAAGGAUGAAAAGCUUAUUCGUUUAAUGGAAGAGAUCAUGAGUGAGAAGGAGAAUAAAACCAUUGUUUUCGUUGAAACCAAAAGAAGAUGUGAUGAACUCACUAGAAAAAUGAGGAGAGAUGGGUGGCCUGCCAUGGGUAUCCAUGGUGACAAGAGUCAGCAGGAGCGUGACUGGGUUCUAAAUGAAUUCAAACAUGGAAAGGCUCCUAUUCUGAUAGCUACAGAUGUGGCCUCCAGAGGGCUAGAUGUGGAAGAUGUGAAAUUUGUCAUCAAUUAUGACUACCCUAACUCCUCAGAGGAUUAUAUUCAUCGAAUUGGAAGAACUGCUCGCAGUACCAAAACAGGCACAGCAUACACUUUCUUUACACCUAAUAACAUAAAGCAAGUGAGCGACCUUAUCUCUGUGCUUCGUGAAGCUAAUCAAGCAAUUAAUCCCAAAUUGCUUCAGUUGGUCGAAGACAGAGGUUCAGGUCGUUCCAGGGGUAGAGGAGGCAUGAAGGAUGACCGUCGGGACAGAUACUCUGCGGGCAAAAGGGGUGGAUUUAAUACAUUUAGAGACAGGGAAAAUUAUGACCGAGGUUACUCUAGUCUGCUUAAGAGAGAUUUUGGGGCAAAAACUCAAAAUGGUGUUUACAGUGCUGCAAAUUACACCAAUGGGAGCUUUGGAAGUAAUUUUGUGUCUGCUGGUAUACAGACCAGUUUUAGGACUGGUAAUCCAACAGGGACUUACCAGAAUGGUUAUGACAGCACUCAGCAAUAUGGAAGUAAUGUUCCAAAUAUGCACAAUGGUAUGAACCAACAGGCAUAUGCAUAUCCUGCUACUGCAGCUGCGCCUAUGAUUGGUUAUCCAAUGCCAACAGGAUAUUCUCAAUAAGACUUUAGAAGUAUAUGUAAAUGUCUGUUUUUCAUAAUUGCUCUUUAUAUCGUGUGUUAUCAGACAAGAUAGUUAUUUAAGAAACAUGGGAAAUGCAGAAAUGACUGCAGUGCAGCAGUAAUUAUGGUGCACUUUUUCGCUAUUUAAGUUGGAUAUUUCUCUACAUUCCUGAAACAAUUUUUAGGUUUUUUUUGUACUAGAAAAUGCAGGCAGUGUUUUCACAAAAGUAAAUGUACAGUGAUUUGAAAUACAAUAAAUGAAGGCAAUGCAUGGCCUUCCAAUAAAAAAUAUUUGAAGACUGAA